AUGGGAACCACGAGAUGCUCACUAGCUCGCAUUCUGACGAUAGUACUGCUGGUGCUAGCGAUGGGAUGGGUGGAUGGAUCGAAGCACAAUAAAAUGCAACAGUACUACCGAAACGAAAAAGGAACGGACGCCAACUUGACGCCACUUGAUGCCAGCAGCACCCUUGAGGACGUUCCUAAUCCAAUAUACCCUGUGCUGGUGCCAUCGAAUAAACAGGGCACGGCCACCCUGACCUACAGUCACGAAGGCAAGGUUAGUGUCCUGUCGUUGAUCGAGAACUACGACAGGACGCCCAACACCGGCUGUCAGCAUUAUCGAGGCAGUUUGGACAACUACCACUCCGAGAUUGUGAACUGCAAUGGCCAUAUCCGGGGGACGAUCGACCGGCCGGAAGGGAUGUUACGAAUCGAGUACGAUGGCAGCACUGGAGUUCACGUGAUACGAAGGCUAAAAAACUCCCAGCGCCCUCUACCGACGCGGCAUCGAUCGAAACGAAAUCAGCUCGGUGUCAUCCCGAAGCCGUAUCAGGCGAACCGGCAUUCGAAUUAUGUCGAGCUUUUGCUCGUCGUCGACACCUCUCUGUACCGGAAGUUUGACGAGGACCUCUGGCGCUUGUACCAUUACUGUGCCGACCUUGUCAACUACAUCAAUAUGCUGUACAACCCGCUCAACAUCUUCAUCGCGUUGACUUACGUCGAGGUUUGGCAGGACACAGAUCGAAUCAACGUAUCAACGAAGGCCGAGGACACGCUCAACAACUUCCUAAAUUACCGUUCCAAAACGCUACUACGCGAUCAUCCGCACGAUCACGCUCAACUGCUGACGGCGAUCGAAUUCGGGGGCAAUGUGAUAGGCAAAGCGAAAGUCGGUGGCAUGUGUUCUGACCGCAGUUCCGGUGCAAUCGUGCGUGUUCACACCGACGACGUGGGUGUGCAGGCAAGCACACUAGCACACGAGCUUGGCCAUAGCUUCACGAUGGAGCACGAUGAGGAUGGUAAAUGUGCUUGUCCAGAUCAGAAAUGCAUCAUGACACGCACAGUUACCGGUCUGACGCUGCAGCACUGGAGCAAUUGCAGCCUCGUCCAGCUGGCGGAAGCUUUCGGUCGAGGACUGCAUCAUUGUCUGGCCAAUCAACCCACCCGGCUGGCCGUUCCGAGCUGUGGCAAUGGUUUUGUCGAACCAGGUGAACAGUGUGAUUGUGGGUUGGAGCAAGCCUGCGAAAAUCACUGCUGUGAUGCGCGAACCUGUCAGUUGCGUGAAGGCGCACAAUGCGCAACGGGCACGUGUUGUGAUCUCGCCACGUGUCACUUGCGUGAACCAGCCGUACCAUGCCGGUCCGCUCGAGGUGAAUGCGAUUUGCCAGAGUUUUGCACGGGUCGGAGUGAAUUCUGUCCACCGGAUGUACACCGGCGUGAUACGGAACCGUGUGCGGAUGGUGAAGCUCGGUGUGUUGAGGGACGAUGUCGCACGCGGACGGACCAAUGCCGGGCCCUGUGGGGUCCUUCAGGACAUGCUGGUGCUGAAGCGUGCUAUAGUGUGAAUGUCCAUGGCACCAAGUACGGUAACUGUGGAUACGAAGGACGUCCGGUGGAGUCUUACCGGAAAUGCGCACAGCAGGACGUACAGUGUGGGUUGUUGUUCUGUCAUCACCAUAAACCGAACGAGGAGCUUGAACUGGGAGAGUACACGGGUGAUUCACGGUUUAGCGUACCCAAGGGUAACGAGACAACACGCCACGUCCUGUGUCGGUCGGUGUACAUAGAUUUGGGUGAUGAUCAAUCGCGCCAUCCAGCGUUCGUGCCUGAUGGGGCACCUUGUGGGGAAAAUCGAAUGUGCUUCCGGCAGCGAUGCGAAUCCGUCGAGCGAUUGAAUGCGUGGGGUCUGGGCGGGAAAGUGUGUCCUCAUGCGUGCUACGGAAGAGGAGAGUGUAACAGUGAGGGUCACUGCCAUUGCCGGACAGGAUACGAUCCACCGUAUUGUGAACAUGCGGGUGUUGGAGGCUCUCUUGACAGUGGACCUGCGUCGGUUGGUUCCCGUGCCUGGCGGAAGUUCCUGACAGGUGCUGAGCUGGCGUUGGUCGGUUGUCUGCUGAUGGCGAUGAUGUUUGGGUUGAUGGUGGCGUAUGCACGCGGGAUACGCUGGGGUCGAGGUCCAGGUCGAGUGUGCAAGGUACGUGGAACGAGUCCUCGAGCGGCCACUCCAAUAGCUGCACGUGAUAUAUCCAUGCCGAAGUAUGCCUCCUCGACACGUGAUCUCAGCGAUGAUCGCCGGUUUCGACCGAUACGGGAGUCGGAUGGAGAUGGAGGGGAAUGUGCAUCAGGGACGCGAGUGCUGGCGGUGGGUCCUUGGGAACCUCAAGGGCCACCUCUCACGAUCGAGUACCGUAUUAUAAACACGGGGGGUCGAAGAAUACCACCUUUACCACCCGUACACAGGCGGGAGCAGCCAUUUUAAGGACAAAAUUAUCCCGUUAUUGGGGAGCACCUACUCGAGUAAGAUACCAACGGCAAUAAAGGAUGCAUACCUUUCUUUUCUAGU